AUGCAGUUCCCUUCUUCCCUUAUCGCUGCCGCGGCUCUCGCCCUUGCUGCUGGGCCUCAACUCGCCUCUGCCCUCUGGGAAUGUGAGAGCGGUCUCAACGCCCUCGGAGUCGAACCCGCCGAUGGCACUUUCUGGAUCCACUACACGUCUGUUCGUGAUAGCAAUUAUGAACCUAACGGAGAAGGUCACCCUGCCUUGACUGAUGCGACCGAUUGAUCGGCUAAAAUGCUAACCAACCUCGAUCCGUGGAUCCGUGUCUGCAACUCCAACAACGGCGCUUGGGAAUCUGCCCAGUUCGCCGUUGUUUGCACCAACUUUGAGAGCGGUAGUUCGGCGCAGACUUUCGGUGCCUCCAGCAUUGGUCUGAGUGAUGACAUUGUCGUCUAUAAUGGCGAGGGAUGCGAUGAGGACGCCUCGGAUCUGAAGGGAGGGUACAUCAAGUACGGCAGCACCACCAAGUCGCUCCAGGAUGGAUGUGGUUCCCGGGAUCAUGGAGUUACUUGCGAGUUCACUUACUAACAAGUGGGUACCUGCACUUAUAAAUAUUUGAGGGUACAGAGAUGGGCGUUCGAGUUACUGUUGUCAUAAUUUUUCUGAUGUUGGUUUUGCUUCACAUUUUGUAAUUCCUGAACUCUAGUGAGCUGAAAUCACAUUCUGGUUAACCUUACCUGGCUUGCGCGUAAUUCCAAUUUAGCCUACAGCGUUUAUUUUGGACCAAAAUCGCACUCAUCAAGAAUUCUGGUAUUCUGG